GUUUCGUUGCAAGCAACGUUAGCUUCACAAAGUCGCUGUUUGGUUUCCUCGCACUGUGUCGGCCACUUCCUCUCUUCGUUUCGUCACUCUGAUUGAAUGUACAGAAGUUGUGUGAGACCAACAGAGCACCAAAGAGUGUGACUGAUCUGCAUUCUGCAGGGAUGGGUCAUUUGGGUGUUUGUCAUGAAGUCAUGUCCAUUGGUCAGCAUGAGGAAUGUGGAAAUGAACUUUCAUCAAGUAUUCCUAAGGUAGAGGAAUCAAAAGAUAAAGAAAAAAUCAUUAAAGCUGAACACAUCUUCAUGCCAAAAUUUAAGAAAAGAAAACGCCUUAGCCUUAAUCGUCUUAGAGAGAUUAAAGCAGAUAUAUGUGAAAGGCUAAGUAGUGCCAAGCCUAAAACAAAGAAGCAUGAAAGCAGAGACAGAUGGUCGGCUGAGAGGUAUAAGUUGGCUGAACAACGCAUGUGGGAGGUCUUAAAGGGUGAAGGUGCAACUUUUCAAAAUCCAAUUACCCGACCUGCACUAAGAAUGGCUGCUCGUAAGCACAUUGGUGAUACUGGACUGUUAGACCACUUACUGAAGCACAUUGAUGGUAAAGUGGCACCUGGAGGAGCUGAGCGGUUUCGACGAUGGUUCAACACCAAUGGAAUCAUGGAGUAUUGGUUGGAGUGUGCUAAUUUGGAUAAGGUUCGCCAGGAGGCUGGGGUGCAAGACCCUUACUGGAUACCACCAUCUACAUCGAGGGGAGGCAGUGUCCCUUCUCAGAAUACUGAUUCUAUUGGUGAACUGAAAGUGCUUCGAAUAGAAAUGGCCCAAAUGAAAAAAGAUAUGCAAGAGCUCAUUGGCAGGAAGCAAGAGAAAAGUGAAAUGUGUCUGAUGGAGGAGAGACAGAAAAGUUUUGUGAAUUGGAAAACUAUGACUGAGCAGCGUGUAACUGAGAUUAUGACUUCUUUGAAGGCUGUACAGGGCAUGCAUGAAGACACUCUGAUUUGGAGAACUAAAGUUGAGCAACAGCUAACGGAAAUAACAAAUAAAUUGAGUGAUGUGCAAACAUUGAGAGAACACCCCACUUUAAGUCAUCCUUCAGUAAGAUGGGAGUAUUGGCCAGAAACCACCAACUUAUUCAAUAUUCAAGGAAAUGGAUUUGCACCUUGGUUUGGGAAUUCUGAGCUGCUUAAUGUUCCGCAAGAGGCUGUAUUCCAAAAUCUGAACUCAACCAUACCAACUCAGCCGCACAAUGAACUGAUUAACAUGAAGAUUGAUUUGCUGGAGUUGGUGCCAAAGGAACAUCAACCUAAUGUGACCCCUGUUUCUUCUACAACUGUUAAUUCAAAGUCAGACCUUGGCAACUCAUUGAUGUUGUGUCAGGAAAUGUUCGUGGAAUUAUUUACAUGGAAGGAUAAGCUGGAGCAGCAGUUAUUGGAGUUGUCAAAUACUGUAUAUCGCAUGCUGGCAAUGAAGUACACUCUACUUUGAAAUAUGAAGCCUAAUUUGAUGAUUCUAACCAUCAUCUGUCGAGGUUUUCCUUUGUUACUCUUAAAGAGUGUAGGGUUUAGAUAUUGUACAGAAUUAACAAUCUAACUGUAAAGUGGAAUCCUUUUCCAACCACUAAAUUAAUGGAAGCUGCUUCUGAGUCUCUCUCACAGUGAGCUGCAAAUUGUUGAUGUUUUCCCCUGGCCUUUUACGUUACAGUUGGUUAUGGUUGAGGUAGGUCGUUUGGUCAUUGGUACGACAUUAUUAUAAGUGGCAGUUUUCUAGUUUUGUGGUAAAAUGAAGAUCCUUAUGAUAGAUAGCUCUUCUGGUAGGUUUUGCCCUUGUUAACUUGUUAGCUAAGUGACUUUUUAAAAUAUAUACGUAAUCUUAUUUUGGGGAUAAGGUGGAUCUUUUAAUAUAUAGAAUUCCUACAUUAUAGUUCAUCGGAUCUUCUGGAUUAUAUGUAUGAUGUAUGUAACUUG